GACCAACCCCCUCUCCCACUGACACACCCAGCGCUGACUCAGUCUGCAACCCUACACCGGCUAAAGCUGGCCACAAAGCUUCGGAGCUCACAGCAGCUGGAUUCCACCCGGCAGAAAGUUCCGGACUUUUCUCAGGAUGAAGUUUUAUCUGAGGAUCCUUUCCCUCCUUCUGCUCCUCGCUGCAGCGCUGACGCAGGAUGGGUUUAACCUGGAAGAUGCUCUGUUCGAUGAUCCCACCCCGGCACCCCCCAAAAAGCAGCCGGUAACACCGAAGAGGCCUGGAAGUGAUGGUGGCUUUGGACUAGAUUUGGGGGACGCUUUGGGACCAGAUCCAACACCUAAAAAACCCCAAAAGCCAAGUUCUGGCGACACUGGUGGCUUUGGACUAGAUUUGGAGGACGCUUUGGGACCAGAUCCAACACCUAAAAAACCCCGAAAGCCAAGUUCUGGAGACACUGGUGGCUUUGAUUUGGAGGAUGCUUUGGGACCAGAUCCCGCUCCAGAACCGAAGAAACCUGCAGAUAAACCUAGGAGCGGAGGAGGAGGAACCUUCAGUGACAACGACCUGUUUGACGUCAGCAAUGGAGACUACAAGCCCGACGAAGGACGCUCUGGAGGCCGUGCAAAGGACACCAGCUAUGAUAAUCAAGGUGGAAAUGAUCAAGCUCAAGCAGGUUCUGGUCAAAUAGCCGGAAUCAUCAGCGCCGUAGGAGUUGCUUUGUUGGGAGCGGCGUCCAGCUACUUCGCCUACCAGAAGAAGAAGCUGUGCUUCAAGCUGCAGGGAGGCGCUGAUCCGGAGAGCGGGAAGGGUCCCCAGGGCGGGCGCUCCGACAACCAGGUUUUCAGCAACCUGCUCCAGAACAACUAGCAGAACCUGAUUGGACUUCUCAGCCGAAAGCCUGAAGACGUCUUUCCUACGGAAAAGGACCACCAGGUCGUGGACCGCCUGCAGACCCGACCGUCUGCCUGCUAAUCUUUCUCUCAGCUUCAAGAUCCCAACUGAACUGUCUGCAAUGAUUUCAGGGUUUUUAUUUUCAUCUCUUCCAGUUUCUGUUUCUCUGUUUUAUCCUUUCCAUGCCUGUUAAGAUGUUGUUUUCCUGUUCCUAAAUAAUCCAAAGACGAGGGCAGCAGAGGGGCCCUCCUGCCCGAUACCCUCGGGGGCCUUUCAGAGGAAAGGAGCUUCUCUGACAGAGCAGCAUAUGAACUAAAGGAGACGUUUGUAAAAAAUAUUCUUUUGUUGUCGUUAAAAGCUCGAAGCACUAUUAAAUGAUGGGGGUUUUAUAAGGCGGAUGUAAUUCGCUGGGUGAAGAUCCAUCCGAAGGAGAUUUCAUGUAAACUGCUGAUUGCCAUGGAAACAAGGGCUAAAUGAAAAUGUGCACAAUCUAUGUACAGAUUUUGUAUCUAUGAGAGAGUUUAAGAUGUUCUAUACCUGCAAAGAGAACACCUAGAGGCGGCCUUUUUUCACUGGCUAGUGUGUUAGCACCCACUUAACUAGCUGCUAGCAUUUUAACUCCAAGUUAACUGACUUCUAACAUGUUAGCUCCCAGCCAGGCGCUAGCAUGAUAGCUCCCAGUUAUCUAUGAGCUAACAUGUUAGCUCUUUUUAAAGCUAGCUGCUAAGAUGUUGGUUCCCAGCUAGCUAGGUGCAAACAUUCUAGUUGCCUGUUAACUAGCUACAAUGUUGUAGCUGCUAACAUGUUAGCUCCUUUAUAAGCUAGCUGCUAACAUGUUAGUUCUAAGCUUGCAAGGUGCUUACAUUGUUGCUAUCUAUUAGAUAGCUCAAAACAUUGUAGCUGCAAUGUUAGCUCCCAGCUACCUAACUGCUAACAUGUCAGCUCCCACAUAGGCACUAACAUGCUAGCUCCCAGUUAUCUAGGGGCUAACAUGUUAGCUCCUAUUUUGAGCUAGCUGCUAACAUGAUAGUUCCCAGCGAACUAGGUGCCAACAUUCUAGCUGCCUAUUAGAUAGCUAAAAACAUUGUAGCUGCCAUGUUAGCUCCCACUUAGCUAGCUGCUGACAUGUUAGCUCCCAACUAGGUGGUAACAUGAUAGCUCCCAGUUAUCUAGGGGCUAAGGUGUUAGCUCCUUUUUGAUUAAGUUGCUAAAAUAAUAGCUCCCACCUAGCUAGGUGCUAACAUUCUAGCUGCCUGUGGGAUAUAGCUAAAAACAUUUUAGCUGCUAAUAUGUUAGCUCGCAGCUAUGUAACACUUUAUCUGUAAUAAACAGAUAAGCCUAAAAUCAUAGAUUUUUUUGCUUUUUUAGCUAAAUAUUUGAAUCACAUCUAACGACAUAAAACAAGCAGAUUGUUCUUUAAAAGCAUACCUUUGUUGUUUUUUUCACGGCUACAUUUCUGUUCGCAUGGUGCCGUCAGUGCCUUCAAUAUAAGUGCUUCAGCCGGUUUGUUUACAGUGGAACCCUCUGAGGUUCUGCUCCUCGGAUGAAUGUUUCCUGUUUCACUCGGUCGUCUCUGCUGUAAAUAAUCCACUCUGUUAGAUCUAUGUCUAUGCUUUGUUUCUUUUCCAGCUCCAAUGAUCCUAGUUCGAAGUGUAUGUUUUGAAGUUAUUGUGUAUUACAUGAGUUUUGUCUGUCAGUUGAUUUCUGGUGUUUACGUGUUUUUAGUAAAGUGUCGUUGUACACCUCGUG